CAGGAAGUGAAUAAGUUAAGUUUUGAGCUACAGUGGCGUGAAUCAUCUUUUAUGGAUAGUCAAGAAUUAUGGGCACAACGCUUUGAUAGAGUGUGUCAAGAAAAUGCAGUAUUGAUGUCAACUUUGGAAUCAAGGUCGGAAGAGUUAAGACGAUCAAAUUCAAGGAAUAUGGCAUUAUGUAGAGAAAGAGAUGAAAUCCUAGCCUUGAUGGAUGUAAAAGAAAAGUUGAAAUAUGAGAAAUCCAAGAGUCAGUCAGCAGAAGAUCAAUAUGGCAAUUUUUCAGCCACAGAGUUGGCUGUAUUGGGUGCCUGUAGAUGUAGAGGUAGUGAUCCUCAACCUUGUGGUUGUGCUCAUGCUGCUGCUAGUCUUAAACGUGAUAUAAUUAAACUUCGAGAAGAGAUUGACCUACAGAAACAAAGAACUGAAGAAACAUAUCUAACAGUUGAUGCCUAUCGUAAAGCCUUCGAGGAACAAUUAAGUAAAAAUAAAGUUUUAAGUGUAAAGUUAUCAGAAUUAUGUGUACCAGCAGUUCCUAAAGCUGUCAAAGCUAAAGCAGCUCUUAAAUGGUUAAUAAGUGUACUUAAUGAUGGUAGGUCUUUAUUUGAAUAA